AUGGACAGACUGAGGGAGUUUCUAAGGCUGGGAAAGACUUCUCAGAUCACCCAGUCCGACCAGCAGCCUACCCCCAGCGUAGGGACUGGGGGGCGCUCCCUGAGUGAUUUAAUCCUUCUGCUUCUCAUCCGACAGGAAAACAAAAGUCCCAGGCAAUGCUUGAGGGAAGGGCAUUGCAAAGGUUUGCAGCUCACGUUUUUUGCGUGCAAAAGGUCGAUGCUGGAUACCAGGACAAGAUUCAGAGGAAGGAAGGGAUACUGAAGUCCUUGGAAGAGACAUGGGAAAUUGGAGUUCAUCAGUACUUUAACUGGAGCAGAGGCUAAAGUAAGAAGAAUCUGUCUGCUGCACAUUCUUUUGUGCAGUGCUUUCGUGGAAGGUGUCAACUUCUGGAAAUUCUGAUGGAUGCCUGGCUGUGCAUUUAAAUGUUAAAAAGAAGGGAAGCAUAAAGCUGCAAGUUCUGGCCAAAAUGGGUACCUGCCACAUGCCUGUAAUAAAAUACACAGAAUCCAGAAAAAGCUGCUGAAGUUAUCACUGUGUUAUGGAGCAAAGUAUUCUUUUGUAGUUAUACUAAUUCUGGUAAUAUUUUACCAUCACAAAUAAUAGAAAAUAACAAAAUUUGACGUGAGUGGUGUGCCAGAGGAUACCUCAGGGUAGAGCUGUUCCUAGAGAAGCUGAGUUGACAAAGGUGAGAUGAGUGUGAGUUGCUUCCUUCCCAGUUAGUUUAUUGCCCAGUACUCCUGCCCUUCUACUCCUAUGGGUAGAAGUGGUGAUGUCUUUACAGUGCCACAUACAUAAGGAUGGUAUCUCUUUCCUCAUGAUACAAAUUCCUUUUAAUGUAAUUUUGCAUGCUUAUUGGCAUGGUCUGAUCUCAUUGGACAACUGGAUUAAAAUUUGAUUUCUGUAUAUUAAAGGAUGUCUGAUCAA